AUGGCUACUAGUCCUCGAUUGGAAACCACACAACAUGAAACAAGGAAUUUGAUAAGUGAACUGCCAACCGAGCUAAAACACAGAAUUUUGGAGUGUUUGCCCACCCGAGAUGCUGCCAGAAUGGCCAUUCUCUCAACCCUCUGGAAGAAUGUUGCUGCCAGAAUGGCCAUUCUCUCAACCCUCUGGAAGAAUGUUUGGUUGCAGCAUGGGCGGCUUGUGUUUGAUAAGGCCUUCUUUCGAAGCAUCCAAAAUUACAUAGCUGAAAACUCCACAAGUGCUCUGAACAUAAUAUAUAAUAUUCUCUUGCUCCGUCGUGGACCAGUCAAGAAAUUUACUUUAAAAAUCUACUUAGAGCCAAAGCUACAGCAGUCUGAUAUAGAGUGGGGGUGUCAUUUUCUAUCAAGAAAUGGUAUUGAAGAACUCACCUUGCUUUUUCUUGGAAGUACGCUUAAGCUGCCAGCUUGUAUAUUCUCGUGCCCCACAAUUAAGCAGCUGAGACUCUGUUGUCUCAUCGUAGAUUUUCCAGCAAAUGCUCGCUGUAUAUUCCCCGGAGUAACUUCAUUAGUUCUCAAUACCGUUGAGCUUAAUGGAGUUUCCGCCACUAUUCCUAAUCUUGAGAAGCUGGCUUUCCUUGGAGGUUGUGAGGGGAUGGAUAAAUUUGAGAUCAUUGCUCCCAAACUUGAAAGCUUGUCUCACAUUAGUGCUUAUUCUGGGUUUGAACCGAGAUGGUUUGCACUUCAAUUGAAGAGAAUUAAGAGUCUUUGCUUGUCUGGCGGUUCCUUGAUGGUAAGAAUAGAAUCCAUCUAG